CUUAUCUUAAAGCAUAUUAGUCUUUAUUAGCGACACAUUUACUUCAUGCGCUCCAAAGUAGUAAAUACUUAUCAGACACUGAAUUAGGAAGUAGUGACAAGGUAAACAGAUCAGAAAAACCUCAUUUUGACAUACUAUAUGAUAUGACCAAAUAUGAGGUAUGAUCGAAGAUAAAUGUUCGUUCGUCUGUGCGUUUCAGUUCCAUUUCGAAACUACUUUCGGUUUCUAGUGGUUGUAUCAAACUGACUUUCAGUUUAUUAGUUUCUCAAGGAAAUUAUAUCAGUAUUUAACCGAAAUAAUCACAUGUAUUUAUAAAGAUGUGUAUGCGUCGGACAAUUGUGUCAACCGAAAAGGCGGAAGUAAAUUAAAAUAAAAAAAAUGUGUAUGAGUUAAUCAUUGAAGUGAAUAGAAACAUAACUGAAGUUUAACAUUCGGAUAUCAGUGAGAUCGAGAUAUUUUUAACAACAGGGAUAUGAAUUAUAAAUUUUUAUCCCAACACAAUUCGGAUAUAUCAUAUAUUAAUCAAAAUCAAUUACUGAAUUUUAACAAACCUGACAGAUCAUGGGAUAAAAGUCAUCUUUCCAUCGAAAAAUAAUAUUACAAGUUAUCUAGCUUGAAAUUCAACUAGAAAAAAGAGGAAAAAAAAGAAAAAAGGAAAGAGAUAUUAAGUGGAUGUUGUUAUUUACAAUUAAAAGUAUAAAAACCUAUGAUGUUCAGGGACGACGACAGCCUGGAACGAGUAACCAACGUCAUGUCCGACUCGGACUCCGACUCUGGAGAUGAGGGUAUUACACAUUCCGACGACAAUGAACCUAAAACACAUGAUACUUUUAUUGGAUCCCCCGGAUCACGUGCUCAACCAGCGUUUUUUCAUAGUUCUGAAAAUAUUUUCAAGUUAAAAGUUGUUCUUAUUGGGGAUAUUAAUGUCGGUAAAACGUCGAUAGCAAUGAGAUUUUCACAAGACAAAUUUGAUGAUAGAUAUAAACAAACUAUUGGUGCUAGUUUCAUAUCAAAGAUUGCGAUAGUAAAGAGUGACGUGAUACAUUUUCAAAUAUGGGAUACGGCCGGCCAGGAGCGGUAUAAAAGUUUGGUUCCUAUGUAUCUGCGUGGAGCACACAUGGCUUUCAUUGUUUAUGACAUUACUGAUCCAGUAAGUUUAUUUCUGUCUGCGUGA